ACAAAAAUAUAAAAAUACAAUAUCAACCAACUGAAAAAGUAAAUAAAAACAAACAAACCAAAUAGACAAUAAAAGGCUUUGCUAUUUCACAAAAUCUUAAAUGUAUUGAAUAGAUUAACGGUUUUAACAGCUUUUUUUAUUUGUACUGUCCUUAAUAGAAACCAUAUAGCAUUUUAUAUGCCUAAUUUUCCAGACUCUUUUCAAAAUUGAAAAAAAAAAAAAAAAAUAUAUAUAUAUAUAUAUAUAUAUAUAUAUAUUUAUUAUGUGUUCGUAUAACAAAAGAAAACUGCAUAAUUUGCAUCGGCCGCGCAGACUUGAGUAACAAACAGUGACGUAAAACUGUGUUGUUUGCAUUAUGUAUAUAUAUAUAAAAAAAAAAAAAAAAACAUUGCGCGUCUGCUCAUCCCGGUGUUUGUGUAGGCAGUGCUGUUUUGCUGUUCACAGCACCGGGAGUGAUUCUAGCGGGCAGCUCGCAUAAACCGCUGGUACUCCUUUUCAGAGACAGACUGAGACGGAAACUCGCUCUCUCGCUUGUCAGUCGGUUUGGGUGCGGUUCAGGAAUUACGAACACAUCCAGCGGAACAGAAUAGGCCUAAUAUAAAUAGGCUAAUCUCCAUUGAUUAUCUUCAUUAAAUUCAAAAUCUACGCAUCUCUACAUAAGACAUGCAGAGCACAUUAUUGCUUUUUCUAUUCUUAUUAUUCAUGUACGGUUUGUCUGGUGCAGAGACAGAUGAAUAUGAAUCUGAGCCUGUGUCAGUGAUGGAGGGAGAUUCUGUUACUCUACACACUAAUCUUACUGAAAUACAAAAUGAUGAUACAAUUCUGUGGAUGUUUGGACCUAAAGACUCUCUCAUAUCUCAAAUAACGAGAAAGGCUGAUUUCACUUCAUUUUUUGUGACUGAUGAUGACGUGGGAUUUAGAGGAAGAUUGCAGGUGGAUCAAAACACUGCAUCUCUCACCAUCAGAAGCACCAGAAUCAGACUCUCAGGACAAUAUAAACUGACCAUCUCUAGAGAAAAGACUAGGUACAAGAUAUUUAAUGUUACUGUCUUUGGUGUGGUUGGUGAGACAAAUGGAGUGAAGUCAGUGUCAGUGAUGGAGGGAAAUUCUGUCACUCUAAACACUGAUACUGAAAUACAUACAGAUGAUCUGAUAGUGUGGAGGUUUGGAGAUAAAGGCAUCCUCCUAGCUAAAAUUUAUGUAGAGACUAAUGAGACCUCAUUAAAUUAUGCUGAUGAGAAUUUCAGAGACAGACUGAAGCUGGAUCAGACUGGAUCUCUGACCAUCACAAACACCAGAACCACAGACUCUGGAGUUUAUGAACUACAGAUCAGAGGCAGUCAGAGCUCACACAAGACAUUUUUCCUUUCUGUCAGUGAUUCAGAUCUGUCUCCAUGGGCUGUAACAGGAAUAUGUGUUGUUUCUGUUUUUCUGACUGCGACUAUAACUGCCUGUUGCUAUCACCGGAUAGCGGGCAAAGAGAAGAAAGUGUCAGUGACAGAGGGAGAUUCUUUCACUCUAUGCACUGAUGUUACUAAACUACAUAAAGAUCAUACGAUACAGUGGUGGUAUGAAGAUGAAGACAAUCUCAUUGCUGAAAUCAAAGGAGGAACCAGUAAGAAACAUGAUGUUGCUGAUGAGAGAUUCGGUGACAGACUGACGCUGAAUGAUAAUACUGGAUCUCUAACCAUCAGAGACAUCAGAACCAUUCACUCUGGACUCUAUAAACUAAAGAUCAGCAGCAACACAUGCGCCGGUUGCAUCGUCCAAUGCAAGAGAUUCAUUCUUACCGUAAAUAAUGAAGAGAAGAUGCCAGUGAAGAAGGGAGAAUCUGUCAACCUGAAGACUAAUACGGAAAUACAGAGAGAUGAUCAGAUACUGUGGCUGUUGGGAUAUGAAAACACUAUCAUAGCUCAAAUCAAAGGAGGGACUGGAGAGAUCAUUACAGAUGAUGUUGCUGAUGAGAGAUUCAGAGGCAGACUGGAGCUGAACAAUAGGACUGGAUCUCUGACCAUCAAAAACUCUGAAACUGAAGACACUGAAGUCUAUAAACUAAAGAUCAGAAGUGAUAAAGGAGCCACAAACAAGAGAUUCAGAGUUGGUAUCUAUGAUGAAGAGAGGGAAGUGUCAGGAAAGGAGGGAAAGACUAUCAUUCUAAACACUGAUGAUGAAAUGCAGAAAAACGAUCAGGUAUGGUGGCUGUUUGGAGAAGAAAACUCUCUGAUAGCUGAAAUCAAAGGUGGGACCGGAGAUAUCAUUACAUAUGGUGGUACUGGUGGGAGAUUCAGAGACAGACUGAAGCUGGACAAGAAGACUGGAUCUCUGACCAUCACAAACAUCAGGUCCACAGACGCUGGACUUUAUCAAGUAUGGAUCAACAGAAGCAGCAGCAGAAAGAACAAGCAUUUGAGAUUCACUGUUUCAUUCAGACGUGAGUAUUUCAAGUCUUUCAAUGUAAUAAUGUUCACGAUUCUUCCUUAUAAAUUCAGUUUUUUUUUUUUUUUUUUUUUUUUUUCAGAGCACAAGAUGAGCUGGUGGAGUUGGUUUCAGAGUUGAAGUUGAAAAGUUAAAGGUGCAUUUCUUGCACAGAAUCAGAUCUUUUCUGUAUUUCACUCAGCAUUGAAAAGAAUAUUGCUGUGAAUCUCCAUCUGUUUUCAGUGUUACAGUUUGUCUAAAUUAUCAAAUUUAGCUAAAACUUGUUGAGUCGCUGACCCGCAUGCACAUUAGAUCAGUUUUGAAGCAAGGACGAUCAUUGCAUUGAAAUUAACAUAGAUUUACACUGGAGUGAAACAGAGCACAUUGUGUUAUUGUAAUUUGCCAUUCAUAUUUAGGUUUAAAAUUGUUUUAAAAUAACUGCAAAUGUUCAACAGUGUAAGAAAAUGUGGCCUACAAAUAUGUUUAAUGAGGUACUGGAUGAGACAAAAUACUGCUUUCUGUACUGAUAUUGUCCUUUAUAAAAAAAUAUGCAGAAGACAUUUGCUGUAUUUAUAGUUUUAUCUCCUCAUAAAUUGAGCUUCUUGUUAAAAAAAAAAAAAAAAAAAACUGAACAUCUUGAAAGGCUUUAUGUCGGUGUUCAAACAUCUUUAGUUCCUGCAUGUUUCAUCCCAGCUAACAAUUUUUUGUUCUAAGAACUUUUCCAAAUGUUCAUAAAAUGUUUUCUUGAUGUUAGUGGAACCUUUUUUAAGGUUAGUAUGAUGUUCCUGAAACAUUAUUUCAAUUUAAUUUUUACUACCAACUCAACAUUAUAAAAACGUUGAUUUGUAACAUUCCAAGAACAUAAAAAUGUCAAUGUUAAUAGACACAUAAUUUAAAGAUUAGUAUGACGUUCAUGAAACAUUCAAACGUCAACAAGCAGAAUCACUGAAGGAAAGAGAAACAAGAACACAAACUAAAACUGACUUCCAGCCACAGCCUUAGAUGAAAUCAACUGAAGGUAAAACUCAGAUCAAGAUCUCAGCAGAGGAGGAUUAAUCAUCUCCACAAACAGCAUUACCAGCUUCACUUAUUACUAACCAGACUGACUUUAUUUCUGUCACACGUCUACAGAAGUUCUUAUUGAGAAUUAACAGAAGUUUAGAUGAUGUUUUACUGAAAAUGUUGUAGAGAAAGAUGAAAAGCAAGUCAUCAUGUAUGCUUUACUUACAGUCAUAUGACUGCUUUUUCUGUAGUUUCAUGACCUGGUGUAAAUAGUUAUGAAGUUGAAUCAUUAAUGAAUAAAAAAAGGUAAUAAAUUUAACAGUUAUGACACAAAGAUCACUUGUAAUACUGAAGAGAUUGUUUGAGAGUUUCCUAAAUCAUUACAACUUCUAACAAUCCAAAAAUAAUAAAAUAUAAAUAGUAAACGAA